UAACCCACGCUUAAUUUUCCCCUAUGUUCCUUCUCUCAUCCUCAUUACUCAAGAUUCAACAAAUAUUCCCAUAAAUCCAUGCUACACAAAAAAAAAAAAAAAUCAUUUGGCAAAUACGCGAUGAUUCGCCAAUAAUUUCAAUUUCUUCGCGCGCUUUGGAUGCAUCAUCUGUCAUCCAAGAUGAGCGCGAAGAGCAUGAAAACGGAGAAGAAAGGCACAAUUUUGAUGCAUAAGUAUGAGAUUGGAAAAUUGUUAGGCCAAGGUACAUUUGCCAAAGUCUAUCAUGCAAGAAACCUCAAAACCGGGCAAUAUGUGGCUGUGAAGGUAAUUGACAAAGAAAAAGUCAUGAAAGUUGGCCUAAUUGACCAAAUCAAACGUGAAAUUUCAGUCAUGAGGCUAAUAAGACAUCCAAAUGUUGUUGAACUUUAUGAAGUAAUGGCUAGCAAAACAAAAAUUUAUUUUGCAAUGGAAUAUGUUAGAGGUGGUGAAUUAUUCAAUAAGGUUGCUAAAGGGAGGCUUAGGGAAUCGGCGGCGCGAAAAUACUUCCAACAAUUAAUCGCAGCUGUUGAUUUUUGUCAUAGCCGAGGUGUCUAUCAUCGCGAUCUGAAACCCGAAAAUAUCCUCCUGGACGAAACCGGAAAUCUAAAGGUUUCCGAUUUCGGCCUGAGUGCUCUUUUCGAGACGAAAAGACAAGAUGGCCUCCUACACACGACAUGUGGAACUCCAGCAUACGUCGCGCCUGAGGUAAUAAAUAAAAGGGGGUAUGAUGGUGAAAAGGCGGAUGUUUGGUCAUGUGGGGUCAUUUUAUUUGUCUUGUUAGCUGGUUAUCUUCCAUUCCAUGAUUCAAAUUUAAUGGAAAUGUACAAGAAAAUUAGUAAAGGGGAAUUCAAAUGCCCUGAAUUUUUCCCUUCUGAAGUGAAAAAACUUCUUUCAAGAAUUCUUGAUCCAAAUCCAUUUUCAAGAAUUACAUUGGCUAAGCUAAUGGACAAUCAUUGGUUCAAGAAAGGAUUCAAGCAAAUUGAUAAAACGCCAAUUUUAGAUCAAGCACAAGACGAUUCGCCACGUAGUGUUUUCGAUAUUGUGGAUGAUUCGGAUGCAGAGUGUUCUUCAGGACACAAAGAACAGAGCUCAUCAACAAUGAAGCCAACUUGUUUGAAUGCUUUUGAUAUCAUUUCUCUUUCUCCUGGUUUUGAUCUCUCUAGCUUGUUCGAGAAAGAUAAGAGCCACAGAUCGGAUGCUAGAUUCACGACACAAAAGUCCGCGUCCACUAUCGUAUCGAGGCUAGAGGAAGUGGCUUCGAUGGGGAGUUUUAAGGUGAAGAAGAAAGACGGAAUGGUGAAAAUGCAAGGAAACAAAGAAGGGAGAAAAGGGCAACUAGCUAUUGAUGCAGAGAUAUUUGAGAUUACUCCAGCUUUUCAUGUUGUGGAAGUGAAAAAAAAAUCAGGAGACACUGCAGAAUAUAGAAAGUUUUGUGAUCAAGGCUUAAAACCUUCAUUAAAAGAUAUAGUUUGGACAUGGCAGGGCAAUGAACAAGUGGAAAAUCAAGAAAUCAAACCUUAGAGGUAAAAAUAUAUAAAAAAUAAAAAAAAGUUGCGGGGUAAAGUUUCUCUCUUGGGAAGGAAAUUGAGGGGGCUAAUUAACAUUUUUUCUAUUCUUAAUUGGUUGUUUAAAAAAAUCCUGAAGAAUGGAGGCUGAUUUUCUGCUUCUUUAGAGUAUAAUUGGAACUUAAUUUGGAUAUAUAUAUAUAUAUAUAUAUAUAUAUAUAUAUAUAUAUAUAUAUAUAUAUAUAUACACGUACUGUAUUGAAAGAAGAGAGUAAAAUGAUAAUGCAAAUAUCCCUUUUCUUUAUUCAUCAUCAUGUAAGUUCUGAAGCAACGAUAAAGUUGUGUUUGUGGGUCCUACAUGUCACGGGUUCGAACUGUAGAAUCAGUCACUAAUAUUUGUGUUGGGUAGAUUGCUUGCAUUACAACCCGUGGGUGCGACCCUUCUCCAUAUCCUGCGUGAACGCAAGAUACUUCAUUCACCAAGCUGCCCUCUUUUAUCUUGUAGGCUUUAUGAUCGGAUUUUUUUGUCAUUGCCAUUUUGAUUUGUUGUCUUGCUGUUAUAUGGCUGUUAACUUGUUGGAAAUUUCUAUUAGUGUUUCUCAUGUAAAACAUAUGUAUUACUUGCCUAUUUGUAUUCAUAUAGUUAAUUCCUCUAACAAUUUGUUUAUAAAAA